AUGGCUGCCUUCCAACCGUAUCGCAGUUAUGAUUUUUCGGAUGUUCUCGUUGUUGGUAAUGAUUUAAGCACGGUUGUCAAUGUUACUUCAACGGGACAGACAACUUCAUCGGUGUCAUUGAACUGGCUGGAUGCGAAACAAAUCUCACUAAAUAAUGACAUAACAGGCAUUGUCAUAUCUGCAAAUGCAACCGUGUCUGUAAUCGCAGGAACCACAUGUUCACAUGUACCACAGACUUACAGGUAUGACUGUGGACUAAUUGCUGAACAAAUGAUUCCUACUGAUGCAUGGGAAAACGAAUACAUUGUACCUAAUAUGCCACCUAGAGCUGGGGUAUUGAUUCGGGUGCUUUCGCUCAAACAUCAGGAUGUUUGUUUUUACACACAGCGUGGAUCUACUUGUAAACAAUUUCUUCAUCAACAUCUGUUAGAAUUUUCCACUGGGUCUGAACCGGUCGUUGUAAGGUCCAACACCACUAUCAGUGUCGUAUCGUACGGCGUAGAAGGAGGUCCAUUUAUGACAGUUGUUCCAGGUAUUAAGAAUUUUAUGAACUACUAUUAUUUCGUCGUACCGUCCACAUAUUCCUCAUAUAAUAAUUCCUUAGCAGUUGUUAUCCAAUCUUCUCAAACAAGUGGACUAAUUCUUGACGGAUCUACAAUAAAUUCUAUAACACAUGACUUCAACGUGCCACAGCCAUUUGACAGUUACAGUGUCCUUAUUUUACGCAUUUCUACUGGAUACCACAAACUAAGUCACCAAAAUGCAAAUGUGAAAUUCGGCGCAUUUCUGUACGGAAACGGAAACUUAGAAGGGUAUGGACUUCCAAUUGGAAUACAGAAAGAAACAGGUAAAAAGGAACAAUUUCACUCUAAGUCAUAG